AUGCCCAUUGAGGUUGGACCACAGAACACUAAGUUGAAAGAUGACGUCUACGAUCAGCCCGUCCAUUUUAUGACGCCGAAGAAAAUUGCGCACACCAAGGAUGAGGGCAUACAGGAGAAAUCAGACAACUCAGGGAUGCCAUAUGACUGGCCUUCGCUGGACGCGUUCAUGAACAAUCAUGACGACGCUCGGGACCACAACAGGAUCAAGAGGAAAGCUAAGAACACGAGAAAAUUCGGUUCGCUAAACGGACCGAAGCUUCGAGAACGCCCCAACCACUACCUCUACCCGGAGCCGAUAAAAGAUCGCGUGCUCGAGUUCACAACGACGACGAAGAAACCGGGCAUCCUGCCGGACCAAAUGAACCCCGGCGUCAUAUUCCGCGUCCGUAUGUCGGACGCUAUACUCCGGAUAAAGCAGCGCAUGUACGAAGACCCGGAACGGCACAUCGAAUCCGAUAUAAUCUACACGAACUUAAUAAAGAAAGUGGUUAUGGAUGAAAUUACAAAAUUCCACAAUUUGCUGCUGAUGUACAAAACUGACAGAAGCGUUAAAGAACAUUUGGGCGAAUGCGGUGGAAGAAUCUACAAGUUCAUCAGCUACAUGACCAUCAAAGUUCACAUCUACUGCCUCUUCGAUUCCCUCUGGAUCGACGGGAACCCGUACGUCAUUGGUGACGAGUACUCCGUGACUCCUGUGGAAGUUCCCCCGAUGUUACAGUGCGAUGCAGCUGAAUGCAAUUCGAUAGUUUUCGUCGAUUCGAUUACUGAACCAAAGGACGUUGAGGAGUGA